AUGGGCAUUGAAUCUAAAAACUUUAGUCUUGAUGUUGAUUUACUGGCCUAUAGCGGCAUUGUAUUUAGUCCUGAACAACGAGCUGCUCUACAAACAUCGAUGGUUAUUCUGAAAGAGCAAUACAGAUUUAAAUCCAUCCAUUUAUGGGGUAAGAUAUUGGGUAUUUCCGAUGAUUAUUUCAUCGUGCAAGGACGUUCAAAAAAUGAACUAACUGAGAGACAAUUUUUGUACAGCAAAGACUGUAUUAAUUGGUCAAUGUUAACGGCUGCAACAGAUGAGGCAAAAGAAUUGUCCCCAAUGUGUCAAGGACGUUUUACGGGUGAUGCAUCACAUGAAUUCGAAGUGAAAAAGUUCACGGUGACAAACGAAGGAACAGAAGAGGAAAACAUCGACGAAGAAAAGGCGAGAUUACGCGAAGAAGAACGAUUAGCUGCAGUAUUAUGGCAAAUUGAACAAGACUCGUUGAUAAUUCCGCGUGGUUCAUACGUUUUACAGCCAAAUGGUGAUGUAGAAAGAAACAGAACAUUUGAAGGUUUAACCGCUACUGAAGCUGGUAAACUGACUAAUUACUUUCAUUUUCGUGAACCAAUACAAUUACAACAAAAAAGUUUACUCUAUCGUGCUAGUCUCGACAAAAGUAUUCAAUUUCUCGAUACAGUUGAUGAAGAUAUUCCAAAAGGCUCAUGGAGUGUACAAUAUGAACGUGGAACUGGACUAAUACAAAUACGAAGUUUAAAAUGGCUUGGUAUGUCAUUUUUUCAUAUACCAGAAACAAAUCGAUAUGGAUCAUUGUAUUACGGCAUCGGAGAGGAAAAUAAAGAUUUACCAUUUAUGAUAUGA